GCGAUAGCUCAAAUUAAUGGUGUGAACCAACUGCAGGGUUUUCCAACCAAUCUUACUAUAAUAAUGCCACCUUUGAAUAAAAAAAGAUGCCAACUUAAGGCUGCUAGAAAAUCAAAAGGUAAACGUGCUCGUUCAGAAAAAAAUAGGACAGUAUGUGAAUAUGAUAAACAAGAUGAUUAUGAACAAAUAAAUGAAAAGCUGAAUGAUCAUAUGUGGGUAGAUGAAGAUAUCGAUGAAAGAGCUGCUGAUUAA